AUGUCUUUGCUACCUGGGCUUGAAGAACUUGGAUCCGGAUAUGAUUGUUUAAAUGGUUAUUAUGCUCAAAGUGAAUCAUGUACCGAAAAUCUCUUUGACUGGAGCAAUAUUCCGACGCGUGAAGUGAAGUUUAAUGGCCAGACCUAUAUCAUACCUAGGGUCGUUAAUUUUUACCCAAAGAUAACGUUUGAAUACUUCUCCAUUGCUGGUGAAGGUUUAGAUGAAUAUCAUCAAUCAAUUUCGAAAUCUGUAAAUAUAGGGGGAGAAUUUUUGGGGUUUACCGGCUCUUUAGAAACAGAAUUUGGGGAGGUUGUCGACUAUAGUACAUUUCGAAAAUUUAGCAGAAUUCAAUAUAAUUAUACAUCCCACCUUCUUCACCUAACUUCAUCACCUUUGGUAUUGCGGAAAUGUCUUAGAUCUGAAAUUCGGGAUGAAAUUGAUGAUCCAAAAAUCGAACCGGAGACAAUUUUCCAACGAUACGGAACUCAUUUUAUCCAUAGUCACAAAGUAGGGGGUCGCAUAGUACUCAGCAUUUGCACCAAUAAACUCAAUUAUAAUUCCAGUACAGACCUCAAAACGAUUGCGAAAGCUGCAGCGGAAGAAAUAUUCCAUGGAAAUGUUUCAAAUGAAUAUAAAGAGGAAGUUAAGAAAUUAAGAGAAAACAGCGAGAUUACUUUAAUUGGCUGUGGUGGGAAUAUCAGCGCACUUGGGAACGACAUGAUGCAUCCAAAUGUGAAUGCUUGGAUAGCAACAGUUCCAGACAACCCAGUUUUUAUAACAUUUGACAGAUCUGACAGUCUUUCAUUUAUCGGAGAUCUGGUGGAUGAUGAAAACAGAAAAAAACAGUUUGUAAACGCAUUGCCGAUUUAUUUUGACACUCAUAGAAGGAAAUUCAAGCCUUUUAACCCUCCCUACCUGGAAUAUGCAUUAGUGUCUUUAACUAGAGCUACCGGAUAUUAUCGAGACCGUGGAUUCAGGCCAGUUAUUUCCGAAGGAAGCAAAUGGAAAUGGUUGGCAGUUUCUUACGCUUCAGGAACCUCUAAUGAACAUGGUAUUGUGGUUAGAGAGAAGCCGUAUGCUCAAGGUCUUUUACGCCCUGUUGUCAAAAAAGAUUAUUUAGCCUACUUUGACUUGCUCUCUGUAGGCCCGGGCACUGGCUAUGUAUGCCAACCUUUAACGGAUGAUCCUGAUAAUUUUGUUUCUUUGGGCGGCUUUCUUGAAUAUCGUAAGGGAUAUCAUAAUCCAGCGAAUAUCAGAGAUCUUGUCGGUGUUCACCGAAGUCUUUGCGUUCGUGGUGAACCUGGUGAACCAUAUAUAUAUUAUGGUUCAUAUGGUAACAGCAAAACUUCUUCUUGGUAUAUUUCAUCAAAAGAGGGUGCCCUUGAUCUUUCAGCAAUCACUUGCAGUCAUAAUGACAAUCCGAGAGCGUAUAUCCUUUAA